GUGGCCCCGCCCCCUCCUCCUCGGCCCCGCCCCGCCGCAGCCCCCCCGGCGCCGCCCCCCCCGCGGAGCUGCGGGAAGGGGGCGUGGCCGGGGGGCGUGGCCGCGCCCGGCGGGGGCGUGGCUCCGGCGCGGCGCGGCAGCGGCGGCUCCGGGGGGCGUGUCCCGGGGGGGCGGGGCGAGGGGGCGGGGCCGCCCCUCCCCCCUCGCCCCUGGUCAGCAGCGCCCACAACCCCAACAAGGCCGAGAUCCCCGAGCGGCACCCGGACUGCGCGCCCCACGUGCCCCCCAGCGUGAUGGGCCGCAGGAACACCUACGUGUGCUCGGGGGGCGAGCGGCACCUGCUGCUGCCCAACGGCAAGGACAGCCUGCCGUCCCGCCCGCCGCCGUCCCCCUCCAGCCACUCGCUGGGCGGGGCUCACCUGGCGCACCUGGCCCGCGGCUGCUCCGCCCGCAGCACCUUCCACGGGGGGGGCGGGGCCGGGGGGCGGGGCCGGGCGCGAGCGCCGGGGGGGGGCGCGGGAGCCCCUCCCCCCGCCUCGCCCCCCCCCGCCCCCGCCGCCGCCUCCCCCCGGCCCCGCCCCACGGCCACGCUGCUGAGCAAGAUCACCUCCAAGCUGACCCGCAGGGUGUCCCUCGACCCCUCCCGCCGCCAGAGCUCCAAUCGCUGCGUCUCGGCCACGCCCGGCCCCGGCGCCACAAGAUCCGUGAGGUCGCAGACGAACCUGCGGGAAUCGGGGGACCUGCGCUCACAAGUUGCCAUCUACCUGGGGAUCAAGCGGAAGCCGCCCCCCGGCUGCUCCGAGGGGGGGGGGCUCUGACGCCCCUCCCCCGCCCCGGCCAACGGCCCCGGGACCCCCCCCGGGAGCAGAACGGGACCCCGGGACCGGAUCGGGACCCCCGGAACCGGAUUGGGACCCCCCGGGACCCCCCCGGGAGCAGAACGGGACCCCCGGGACCGGAUCGGGACCCCCAGAACUGGAUCGGGACCCCCCGGGACCCCCCCGGGAGCAGAACGGGACCCCCGGGACGAAACCAGGACCCCCCCGGGACCCCUGGAACCGGAUCGGGACCCCCCCCGGGACACCCCCGGGAGCAGAACGGGACCCCCCCGGGACCCCCGGAACCGGAUCGGGACCACCAGAACGAGACCGGGACCCCCCCCGGGACCCCCGGAACCCCUCCCGGGACCCCCCCCGGGACCACCAGAACGAGACCAGGGCCCCCCCAAGACCCCCGGAACUGGAUCGGGACCCCCAGAACCGGAUUGGGACCCCUGGGACGAAACUGGGACCCCCCCGGGACCCCCAGAACCGGAUUGGGACCCCCGGAACCCCUCCCGGGACCCCCCCCGAGACCAGAACGGGACCCCCGGGAUUCCCCCGGGACCCCCCCGGGACCACCAGAACGAGACCGGGACCCCCCCCGGAGCAAAACGGGACCCCCGGGACCCCCAGAACCGGAUUGGGACCCCCCGGGACCCCCCCCGGGACCCCCAGAACCGGAUCGGGACCCCCCCCGGGACCAGAACGGGACCCCCAAAACCUGCCCGGGGACCCCCCCAGGCGCCCCCCCCCCCAGGAGCCCCCCCAAGGAUUCGGCAGCCCCGGGACCCCCCCCACCCCCCUCCCCAAAUUUGGGACCAGCGGCGCUGGGACCCCCCCCCGGGGUGUGGGGGAGGGGGGGGUGGGUGAUUUUGGGGGGGGGGGUUCGGUGCCAAGAUUUUGGGGGGACCCCCCCCCUCACACCCCCACCCCUGCAGCCCCCCCCCCCCGGUGCCCCUCCCCACCUUGUACAGUCUGUAAAUACGGCCCCGCCCCCCCCCCCCCCCGGACCCCCCCCCUCGGACCCCUCCCCCAUUUUUAAGUUAUUCCUGCCCCGAGU